CCUUCCUAACAGGAGGCAUUGGGUCAGGCUUUCCAGAUCUUCACUCUGUGGCCAUUCCUUCCCAUUUGGAAGGAAUCAGGAAUUCCAGAUUCAUUUCUUAGGUUUUAGUGGAUACCAUGAUCUUCCGUCUUUGGUCAUUAGGAUCGUUUUCUACUUUCUCCUAAAUAGCUUGAGAAAGCGGGUCUGCCUGAGAGCCAGCUAAUUUUAUCUUUUCUGCUUUUAAUGUCUAUUACUUGUUUACAUGCAUGCCGUGAUUUAACUACAAAUUUUGCUGCAGACUCAGGUAAAGUAUUUCAUUAAUUUUUCCCUGCAUACCUGCACUUGUGAUGGACUGAUACUGUAAGAAGAGGAAAUAGAGUGCGGGAAAAAAUCUUCUAUCAAAAAUCUAAACAAAAGUGCUUUAUAGUUAAGUCUUCGGGUUUAGAUCUUCCAUGGUUAUGUUUCUUUCCACUGCUGAUACCAAAUUUGAGCUACUGCGAGGGGACUAUAGAUGUCUCACUUCCAAUGGGUUUAAGUUCUUCAAUAGUUUGUGCUUUGAGCAGCCAGCAGAUUCUUGCACCCUUUUAAUAGGCAAACCUACCCUAGGUUACAUAGUGCUUGUUUUAUAAAUGAAUAUUUGCUUUUCUUUAGUUAUUUUUAUCAUUUUUUGAUAUGUGCUUCCAUAGAGCAAGAUAAAUACAAAAUGCUAAGCAGAGAACAUUUUGGGUAAUGAAACAGAGCUAAGUGACUUCAAAUGUGAUUCUUGUGUAAUUUGAGUUCCUAUUUUUUGUAAUGCUUUCUAAUGACGCUUCUGUCAAGUUGCACCAUUUUUAUUGCUAAAGUUUUCCCCCUAGUUAAGUUUGAAAUGUUGGAGAGCCAUCAAGUGAAAGUGUACGUUCUAAAAACGUUAUGUUUAUUUUCAGUGCUGUUGAAUUAUGAAGGCAUAUUGAGGUCCCAGUCAGCCAUGGAGGAAACGGAUAGGGAAGCAGUUGCAACAGCCGUUCAAAGGGUGGCUGGAAUGCUUCAGCGUCCUGAUCAGCUGGAUAAAGUGGAGCAGUAUCGCAGGAGGGAAGCUCGUAAGAAGGCUUCAGUGGAAGCUCGACUCAAGGCAGCAAUCCAGUCGCAGCUAGAUGGAGUACGGACUGGUUUAAGUCAACUGCACAAUGCACUGAAUGAUGUAAAGGACAUUCAGCAGUCUUUGAUAGAUGUCAAUAAAGACUGGAGACAGAGCAUCAACGCCAUUGAAAACCUCAAGGACGUUAAGGAUGCUGUAGUGCAACAUAGCCAGCUGGCAGCUGCUGUAGAAAAUCUCAAGAACAUAUUUUCAGUUCCAGAGAUAGUAAGGGAGACCCAAGAUCUGAUUGAGCGAGGGGAACUUCUGCAAGCUCAUCGGAAACUGAUGGAUUUGGAGUGCUCUCGUGAUAACCUGAUGUAUGAGCAGUAUCGCAUGGACAGCAAAAACACACAUGACAUGAACCUCAUCCAUACGUACUUUGGGGAAAUGCAGAAACUUUCUGAGGAGUUGGCCAAGCAGUUGUGGAUGGUGGUUCAGAGAUUUCUUGUUACGGUCCGUCGAGAUCCGACCUUGCUUGUUUCUGUUGUUAGGAUAAUUGAAAGGGAGGAAAAAAUUGACAGGCGCAUGUUAGACCGGAAAAAACAAACUGGGUUCAUACCUCCUGGCAGGCCAAAGAAAUGGAAGGAAAAUAUGUUCAACAUUUUGGAAAGAACUGUGAGCAUACGAAUUGAAGGCACUCAAGCAGAUAGUAGAGGAUCUGACAAAAUGUGGCUUGUGCGUCAUCUAGAAAUCAUACGUAAAUACGUCCUUGAUGACCUUCUGGUGGCUAAAACCCUACUGGAUCAAUGCUUUCCCCCACACUAUGACAUUUUCAAAAGAUUGCUAAGCAUGUACCAUCAGGCUUUGUCCACCCGCAUGCAAGAGCUUGCUGCAGAGGAUCUGGAAGCAAAUGAGAUUGUUAGCCUUCUAACUUGGGUUUUAAAUACUUACAAAAGUACAGAGAUGAUGGGGAAUUCAGAGCUGUCUCCUGAAGUGGAUGCAAAUUCUCUGAAUCUUUUGCUUUCACAAAAUGUGGUGGAUGAGCUUCUCAGCAAGUACAUGUCAACACUUACUUCUAACAUCAUUGGCUGGCUAAGGAAAGCACUGGAGACAGAUAAAAAAGACUGGGUAAAAGAAACUGAGCCAGAAGCAGAUCAAGAUGGGUACUACCAGACUACGCUCCCAGCUAUUGUUUUUCAGAUGUUUGAACAGAAUCUUCAGGUAGCUGCUCAGAUAAGUGAAGAUUUGAAAACAAAGGUACUCCUUCUAUGCCUUCAACAAAUGAAUUCAUUUCUAACCAGAUACAAAGAUGAAGCACAGUUUUACAAAGAAGAACAUCUUAAAAAUCGCCAGUAUCCUCAAUGCUAUGUUCAGUACAUGAUUGCAGUCAUCAACAACUGUCAAACUUUUAAAGAAUCUAUUAUCAGUCUGAAAAGAAAAUACUUGAAAGUUGAAAUGGAAGAGACAUUAUCAAGCAGUCAUGCAAGCAUGGAUGCGAUUUUAGACAUCAUUGCCAAAGAAGGAUGCUCUAGCCUGCUAGAUGAAGUCUUCAUGGAUUUAGAGCCCCAUCUGAAUGAGCUGAUGACAAAGAAGUGGUUGUUGGGGUCUAAUGCUGUGGGAACUAUUUGUGUCACUGUAGAGGAUUAUUUUAAUGACUUUGCAAAAAUAAAAAAGCCUUAUAAAAAGACGAUGACUAUGGAGGCCCAUCGAAAGGUGGUUGUGGAGUACAUCAGGGCAAUCAUGUUAAAACGUAUCUCUUUCAAGAAUGCCGAAGAGAGGAAAGAGGGCGCAGAAAAAAUGAUCAAAGAAGCCGAACAGUUCAGAUUUCUGUUUAGGAAGCUUGCAUCCGGAUCUGGAGAGGACACUGAAGGACUUUGUGGUAUUAUUGAAGCCAUUGCAGAGGUUAUCAAACUAACUGAUCCUUCCCUGCUCUAUCUGGAAGUUUCAACUUUAGUCAGUAAAUACCCAGAUAUCAGGGAUGACCACAUUGCAGCUUUGCUGACGGUGAGAGGAGAUGCCAGCAGAGAUAUGAAGCAGACUAUCAUUGAGACUUUGGAUCAAGGGCCAAGCCAACCCAAUCCAAACUACGUGCCAAUUUUUAAAGAAAUUACAGUUCCUACUCUAAAUGUGGCAAAACUUCUUAAGUAACGGACAGCUCUGUUCAUGUGUUGUUACUGGCAUGGGAUUGACAGGUGUGAAAUAGUGAAAUAUUUGAGGGCGAGUUUGGCAGUGCUAUUUCAAGUAACGUUCAGUGCACACUAGGUAUGUUUCUUUCUCAAGGUCGGGAUAUGGGAUAUAAUCAGAAAAACUUCUGCAGGUGCUGAUACUGCUCUCAGCAAAUACAUUUCUAGUUGUGAAAUAUGGCAUUGCAAACGUUUAAAGAUACUUACAUUGAAAAUAACACAGCUGGGGCAGUGCUGGGUGUGUAUUCUUCCCGAGCCCUCGUCCCAUGGCACAGCACUGGGUGUACAUUAACGUCCCCCUUCCACUCCCACCUUUUGCUUGGUGUAUGUAAUUACUUUGGUGUAAAAUAGUUUAUGGCAAAAACGUUAAUUAUGGAGCCAGCUUCCUGGCCACGGGGCUGUAGAGGGAAUCGAUAAAUAGCUAAGAAGGGUGUGAGGUACAAAAUGUCUUCUUUGUGGAUUCCCUAAAAAGAGCACACGAAGCACCACUUGUUCAAUAAAACGCUAAACCACG